UAGGUAUAUAUUAACAAAAAGGUUUCUUCGAAAUAUUUACCAGAGUUAUUGUGACUAACUGACCUGAACCCACCGUCCCCGGCCCCGCAUCCUCAUCUUGGGCAUAAAUUAAGUAGAAUUCCACACUUAUCGCUAAAGAGUAUUAGAACCACGUCGCUCUUAAGACGUUGCCGUAAAUACAGCGUUCGACUUUAUCAACGCCGCACUUUCAAACCGAACGCGCUGUGCUGACGUGGUCGCUGCAAUUACUUUCCACAUUUUAAAUUAUCAAUUCGAUCAAUUAAAAUAAUGCUUACGAAGACGCUAAUCCUGCUUGGCCUACUGGCUUUGGCUCAAGGUUAUAGCUUCACUUCGCGCGAGGUCAAAUGUCAUGUGUGCAAGGCUGUGGUGACGGAACUGGAGGAGGCCGUAGCCAAGGAGGAUUCCCAUAAAAUGGCCGAUGUCAGUGGAUUCCGUCUGGAUGCCCAGGGAAAUUCGGUCAGCAAGAAAGUCCGACUAGUUAAAUCUGAGAUGUUCCUCACUGAACUGAUGGAGAAGAUCUGUGAAAAAAUGGACGACUAUCUGAAGGCCACCUACAAGAGCAAUGGUAAAUUCACACUUCUGAAGAUGAUCGUCAAUGGACAGAUGAAUCCCGACUCCUCAUUGGUGGACUUUGUGCAGGAUGGUGAUCUUAAUAAGAGCUUGGGACACUUCUGUAACGAGGUGCUUGAGGACAAUGACGAGAUCUUUGUGAAGGCAUUCCAGGCCGAUGAGCUCGGCGAGGAUCUGGACAUUAAGAUCUGCUCGGAACAGGCCAAGUACUGCGAUGAGUCGCCCAUCCAGGAAGAAUAUGACUUUGAUGGCAAGGAGGAGCUGUAGCUUGUUCCUGUGAUAGCCUAGUCAAUUAACGAAUUUCCUUGAUCGCCGCCAGUGCUGAUCUUUGUACUGAUCUUUCGAAAGAAUAUUAUAUUUAGCUAAAGUAAAAAAGAAAACCUUCAAGCCAAUCGUUAACAAGUAGAUACGACAAUAAAUUCAAUGUGCAAUGCUCUUUAACAUUUUA